AUGCGGGCGCACGUCAGCUCUGCCACCGAGGCGCUGUCUAGCCACACGCCAGGCGGUGGAGUAGCAUGGGAGAACCCUGGCCAAGGCAUGGGCAGCGCUGAGGAGCCGGAGAGCCUGCAGCUGCUCACACAGGAAGGGGCGGCUGAGGACGCAACGAGCAGCUACCUCCAACCCUCCUGCUGUGGGGCCAGCAAGCUGGCCAUGAGGAACUGCUGCAGCACUGAGGCCAGCGGCACCGAGCCUGGCAGCCAAGGCAGCACAGAGAGACGAGCCCAGCAGUCCUCACCGGAGCCCACGGCUGGCAGCCGGGCCUUGGCUCUCAAGGGCCCCGGAGCAGGAGCCAAGCGAACACCUGUGGCUGUGAGCUGCUUGGGACAGAACGGUGAGCGGAGCUUGGGCCCCUUGGCGCGGCCCGACGGCUCCUUUGUCCCCCAGGGCCCUCCAGCGGGGGUGGGCGCUGCCAUGGCCAGCCUGGGGCCAUGCCUCAAGGGGCACAGUAAGGACUCGCCGAGCGCCCCGGCUGCUUUGAAACACGUUGCAUUUCUUGAACCAGCCGACACAGACCCUGAGCCAGACGGUGCCGGAGCUCCUGCAGUCAGUCUGGAGCUGGGUCCGGUGCCUCAUACGUGCCCACAGGACCGAAGCCAAGAGCAGCCUGGGGCCUGCAAGGGAGCCGUGUCCUGUUGGAGCAUGGGAGCCCCCGGCGCAGCACCGUUGUCCGAUGAUGGCGUGGACACACCCUGUGGAGACGCUGCUGGGAAAGCACCUGCAUCUCUGGCAGAUGCCAAGGCACAGCUGGGACCCCCGGCUGCCCCAGGGCCAGGGGGCAACGGGGACAUGGCGCUUCCUUCUCCUCCGGAAGCAACCAAGGAGUCCACCCCGGGAAUGGAAGCAGCGUCAGGCCCGGGAACAAGGCUGGAUGCAGGCCCGACCCCGUCAGCCCGAGCCAAGGAGACCAGUCCCCCUGCUCUCUCCAUCCAGAAAGCCAGGCCAGAGGCCCCCUCUGCUGCUGCUCCCAGCAAGUCAGGGGAGAGCCAGGCGGCUGCAGCUGAGGUCGGAGGGGGACCCGCCCUGCCCCAGAGCACUACGGAGGGAAGCCCAGCUCAGGAGCUGCAACAAGCAACGGGGACGGAGGUGGGACCUGGGGAGGAGGCUGCUCGGGAGCCCCGGACUGUGGAGCUGCUCUCCAAGACCUACUCAUUUGAGGUCACUCCUCCCCCACAGGACGCUGGGACUCAGGACACCGGGACACAGGUCGGCAGCCGAGUGUCACUGGUGUCUGUGGCCAUCAGCCCCAUAAACCCCCCGGACGGGUCCUCGGCCUUUACCUUCCACAGCCGGGGCCAAGGCCCCUUGGGCCUGAAGAGCCCGGGCCCGGAGCUGAAGCCCUCCAAGAAGGACGCGGAGAUGCAGGUCUCCAUCCCAGUGGAGACCAGGUCUGUGGCCACGGGGCCCAUGACGCCGGUGGCCACGUCUCCCCAGGCAUCCUACCCCGAGGUGCACGUGAAAGGGGCGCAGGAAGAGCUGCCCGAGCCCAUCCGGGAAGUCAGCUGGGACGAGAAGGGGAUGACGUGGGAGGUGUACGGCGCCGCCAUGGAGGUGGAGGUGCUGGGCAUGGCCAUCCAGAAGCACCUGGAGAAGCAGAUCGAGGAGCACGGCCGGCAGGUGGUGAUGACGCCUCAGAGCACCCGGGCCAGCUCCAUCAAGGGGACGCCGCAGAAGGGGGAAGUCAAGCGGCCGCCCAGCAUGUUCCGGGUGCUUCUGCAGAGCGUGCGCCGGCCCCGCUGCUGCUCCCGGGCCAGCCCCGCCGUGGAGUGAAGCAGCCGCUCGCGCCCUGGCGAGCUGGGAAUGGCAGCCCAGCCCAGGUCGUGGGGUUUCUCAGGCAAUCCUGGGGGCUGGGGUCUUGCCCCUCUGGCCCCAUCCUCAGCAGCUCCAGGCACUUGGACCCCAUGGUCUCCUGCUCACCCAGCCCAGACACUGGCCAGACUGCCCCUCCCCGAGCUGCACGCCUGGGCAGGGCGCGGCCUGCAGAGACUUCAGGCCCCAGCAUGCAGUGCUCACCCUGCAAUGUCUGCUUCCAUUGAGAUGGAGCACUGCAUGCUGGGACACAUAGUCCCCAUGCACUGCACCUUGGUCUGCAGGAGGGAUUGGCUGCGAUUUCGGGUCAGGCUGCGGCUGACGCAGCCGUCCCUCUGCUGGGCAACAUCUGAGCACCCCUGGGUGGGGCUGGGGUUUGUGCAGCACAGCUCGUGAUGGGAAGGCCAGAAGAAAAGCGGAAGGAGUGGGGGUGGUUGCAGACC